AUGUCCAGACGUUUUGAUAAGAAAAACUCAGUGAAGUUUCAGCUUGUGCAUAGAUCACAACAGGACUCUCGUUACUUCGAUGAGGAUGCCUCUGCCAGUGUUCUUGUUCCUAUUGUGGAUAAGAACCAAAAGAGAAAGCAGCUCAGAACCACUGCCGCGGAAGAUCUAGAGAACGAGGUGAAGUUGAAGGUAAACGAAGGUAAAGCUGCCAUUUAUGGUGUUACCUUUGAUGACACCAAGUAUGAUUAUUUGCAACAUUUGAAGCCAAUUGGUUCUGGCGAUGGUAUUUUCAUUUCACGUAAGGACGAUAGUGUGAAAAACAAAGGCAAGAAUAAAGGAUUAGCUGCAUUGUUAGGAGGUGACGAAUUAUUACCUGGAAAUGAGAGGAAAAUUGAUUAUAAUGCAAUGCAGGAUGUUCCUGAUGAAAUUAAAGGUUUCAAACCCGACUUGAAUCCCGAUCUAAGAGAGGCAUUGACUGCGUUGGAAGAUGAAAACUAUUUGGACCAAGAGCAAGAUGUUGAUGAAAUCGAUGUUUUUGAAGAGCUCUUGGGGAAUGUUAAGGGGCAAGAAUUGACAUUAAGGGAAUAUGACGAAUUGGACGAAGAUUAUCAGGAUAAUCAUAUUGAGGACUGGGAUUACGAUGAUUUUGAGGAUGACUAUGAAGACGUUGAUGCUCAUGCCGAUGCCAGUGGGAACGGGAAUGGCGAUUAUCAGUAUGAGGGGAUACAAGCACCUGAACCGAAUUUCAAUUGGGAACGGGAUUUUAUGAAGUACAAAAACACCAGGGGACGUCAUGCCAAUGAAUUUGACUCUGAUAACGAAUUUGAUUCCGAGAAUGACGAUGAAGAUGGAGAAGGAGAGGAGGAUGAGGGCGAUGUUGUUGGAGAACUGCCUAACUUGGAUGCAAGAGGUCUCAAGUCUUCCAAAUCGUCAAAGAAGAAGUCAAAGAGAAAGAAAGGUGCAACUACAGAUACAUCUUCAUAUUCAAUGUCGUCAUCUGCCCUGUGUCGUACUGAACAAAUGACAAUCAUAGAUGAUCAGUUCGAUGUUUUGAGGGAAAAAUACGAUGCCAUGGAUGAGGAGGAGGAAGAGUACCGUCCGUUUAACGUGGAGGAGGAAAGAGACGACUUUAUGGAUCUAGUUGAUGAUUUCUUGGAAAACUACCAAUUGGAGAAGAGAGGCAGACGUGUCGUGAAGAAAAACCCGGAAAUGGAGAAGUACAGAGAGGCAGCAUUGGCUGUUACUAAGGACAACAGUAGGAUCAAGGCUAAGAGAGAAAAGUCACUUGCUGAAGGUAUCGAAAAAAUGAAAAUAUAA